GCAUUGUAGGAAAUGAAAACGUUACGAUGCCAAUAUUUAGUAAGUCAUUAUAAUAAAAACACCAGCCUAUAUAUGUUCACAGAUAACCAGUUGAACUCAGAACCCUUACUUUAACCGUCACACACAUGACCUGAGUUAACGCACGUGAGCUAAGUCAUGCUGUGGCGUCAUAAGGGAAGUUAAACAGUCGUAAACUAACCGUGCUCCAAAAUGAACGCUCUUCUUGUUCUUGCAUCUUUAAUCACGGCAAUAGUUUAUCUAGUAUAUUAUGUAUCAACGAAAAAGUACAACUACUGGAAGAACAAAAAUGUACCGUAUAUAAAACCUCUGCCUAUUCUUGGUAAUUACGGGGACUACAUCCUGCAGAAACAGUUUCAAGGUGUAUCUCUACAGCACCUUUGCCUGAAGUUCUCCACUCAACCGUACUUUGGUAUUUUCUUCGGCACUGAACCCGUUCUUGUUGUCCAGAACCCGGACAUCAUCAAAGAUGUCCUAACAAAGGAUUUUUAUUACUUCAACGGCAGAGAAAUAACUAACUACGCUCACAAAGAAAUCAUAACUAGGAACUUGUUUUUUUCUGGAGGCGAAAAAUGGAAAGUGGUGAGACAAAAUCUGACACCAUUAUUCUCGUCCUCAAAGAUGAAAAAUAUGUUUCAUUUGAUCGAGAAAUGUGGACACUACUUUGAAAGCAUGCUUGCUGAAGAGUUCGAAAUAUCAGACGUUAUUGAAACCAGAGAUAUCUGUGCGCGGUACACCAUGGACUCCAUAUGCUCCUGUGCAUUUGGUGUUGAUGCCAACGCCAUGGGUAAAAAUCCUGAUAACCCCUUCCGAUUUAUGGCAGACGAACUAUUUCUACCGACGACAUACAGAGGAUUCAAAAUUGUUUUCAGAGCUAUAUGGCCAGCCGUUUUUUAUGGUUUGGGCUUCAAACAUUUCCCACCGACAUUAAAUGACUUUUUUUCGAAAUUAUUGAAAGGAGUCUUCGAUAGUCGUGAAAACAAACCAUCACCGAGGCACGACUUUGUAGACCUGGUUCUCAGUUUAAGAAAUCAAAAUAGUUUAAUUGGUGAUUGUUUAAGUAACUUAAAAACGGGUAAAAAUGAUAAAUUUCAAUUGAAAGUGGAUGACGACCUCUUAGUUUCUUUGUGUAUAAUGUUCUUUGCGGCAGGCUUCGAAACCUCGGCUUCUACCAUUAGUUUUACAAUAUUUGAAUUCGCGAAGAAUCCAGAAAUUCAAAGGAAAGCUAUGGAAGAGGUGGACGAGUUUCUUCGACGCCACGAAAACAAGUUGAAUUACGAGUGCGUAAAUGAGUUGCCCUAUCUAAAGGCUUGCAUCUACGAAACCUUGCGUCGGUACCCGGUCAUAGGCGUGUUGACUAGAGAAGUCAUGGACACCUACCAGUUUUCCACAGGUCUGCGCGUCGAUAAAGGCGUCCGCGUCCAUAUACCGGUGUACCACAUGCAUCACAACCCUGAUUACUUCCCUGAACCGGAGAAAUACAAACCGGAACGAUUUUUACCAGAAAAUAAGAACGACCUGAAACCCUACACGUAUUUCCCCUUCGGCGAAGGCCCGCGCAUUUGUAUAGGAGCUCGGUUCGCGAAAAUGCAGACGUUAGUUGGUCUCAUGGUGGUCCUGAAGAGUUACAAGGUGGAGCUCGGGAAGGGAAUGCCUGAAGAUGUUGAUCUGGAUCCUCGGACCUUCCUCACACAACCUAGAACAGGUAUUCAUUUGAAAUACACUAAACGAGAUGGUUGUGAGGGACGGAAAUUCCGUCGGGAUUAGAUCCAAUUGCAGCUUGUAAUAGAACAUGGUUUGAUGUAAGCGGUAUAUUCUGUUGAAUUGUUUGAAAAUUAUGUUUAUUGUGUUUAAUUUAAGGUCUGAGGUCUAUUUCACAUGUAUCUCUUCGUUCAAGUAUUUUUUUAAUAAAAAUAUAAUUGAUCAGAGAGCACUGGUUUAUAUUAUAUUCACCUUUAAUCACUUAUGUACCUU